CCUGUGUUACGCCCUCAUCCUGCUGGAUAUGUGCGAGCUGUGAUAUAAACAUGGUUUAACCCAAACCGGACGCGAUGAACGCCACAUGCGCCCUGCUGACUGUUCUGAUCCUGGUGUGCCACACUGAAUCCAUCUGCUCCCCGACCUCCUACUACAAGAACUGCUGGAUCCGGCGCUUCCCGGGGAUCCUGAUCGACAUGGAGGAGUCUCAGAGGAGAGGAGCGCAGCUGCUGAGGUCCUACCCUGAAGAAACGGCGCUGAAAUGCAGCCGCAGCUGCUGCCUCACCAGAAACUUUUCCUGUAACCUGGCCAUAUUUUACUUUGAUGCCACGCAUGGGAAUGUGAACUGUGUCCACCUGCACUGUCCAACCCUGGAGAGCUGCAUACUGAGGCACAGGGACAAUGUUGUCCUCUAUAACAUCACAAAGGGUGUGGAUCCUGACCUGUUGGUGUUUGGGAAACACUUCACAUCCAACGUCCGCGUGCUCCCCCACCACUACAGUAGGGUGAACGCCUCUGAUCCGCUGCCCUCAGACAAGCGGCAGUUCAUCCAUCCGCCUCCUCAUCCUGUAAAGCCUCCCACCUCUUCCUCCCCUGAAGAACCUUCCAUUCCAGGGACGGAGGCAGACACCAACACAACCCAGCAGAGCAUUCCUCAACUUACAACUGAUUCUCCGACUAAAACCACCUUCUGCUGCACCGAGAGAACCCCAUCAUCCUCAGAAACGCCCAUCCAAACAGAAAUCUUGCCAGCUGCUGCCACAUCUACCGAACCAGGCGUCACGUCAGAUUCAGUUACCAACACGACUACCGUCAACCUGGAGACAACUUCAGGUACAACUACAAAACCCUUCACACCUGUCCCUACCCAUCAUCCAACCACUACAAUGCAUAUGCUGGGCAGCAGCUCUACAACAGCCUCAGCUUCAAAGAGUGGGACAGAGAACAGCAGCACAGUAGGACCCACUGGAUGGAACCACACUGAAGGUCAGGACGGCGGUGAGGAGGACACCAAAGGGGAGCAGGGGCCUGGAUGGCACAUGGCUGCCCACACUCUGCUGGUUGCCGUGGCCAUCUGCGUCACCCUCCUGGGGAGCUGCUGUUGCUCUGUUCUGCUGGUUGUGAGCUGGAGGGGCCAGAGGAGGAGGACGGGCCGCUAUCGCACAUCCUGGAGAGGAAAACGAGCCUCCAUGCGUCUGAUUAAGUAUGUGCUGGUUAAGGAGAAUUCCUGAAAAAACCUCCGCUCCAUGACAAUAGGUGCGGGCCAGUUACUGGAAAACCAAAGCAUAUCAGACUAAAACUUUUCCACUGAACAUUUUUAAUGAGAAGCUGGAGGAAGAGACACAGAGAGUUGCUGUGCACUGCUGGUCAGCUAGUUAAAAAAGGAGUAUACUGUACCAGAAAUCAGACUUUCUGGGUAAUACUUCUAUCUUUUAGAGCUUUAAUGAACAGAACCUGUUAUUAAACAGCUACAUUUAGCUCCUUAUACAUGUUGGAUAUAAGGAAAAUUCACACAGCUGUAAUAUUCCAUAUUAUAAAUCUGCUACUCAUUGGAUUGGGUGUUCCUCCUUUAUUUUGCUAAACCCUAAAAUACACGAACCGACCACUGUAGUUAGUAAACCUGUUGAAGCACUUUUCAACAAAAACAUCUAACAACAUGGUUCAACAUAACAUAUUUUUGCAUGUAGACUUCAUGAAAAUGAAUUUCUGAGAUUCAAACAUGAUGCCACAAUUAAAGGAAAUAACAUCACCAGUUGUCUUUACUUUAUCUUAUAGCAACACCCACUGCAGCUGAUGGAGAAAUAUUUUUUCCAACCAGGGAAACUUU